AUGAGUGGCAGUUCGAAUCAGUCGACCCGUACGAGUCCAGGCUCCUAUAGCACCACCCAGCGCACACCCUCCGUGUCGUCGGGCGCGUCGCCUCCGCACCAGUCGUUCCCAUCCUCUCAGGUGCCCUCGACGGCCCAGAAUGCGAUGUCGACCGACGUGUACAAUCAUACCGCGUCGCAAGCGCCAACGUCUCUAACUGCCUCGUUCCCCUUUUCGUUUUCGCCUAUCGGCUCGUCUCUUGACAACGUUCCGCCCGCCACCAUGCGCCUGAGCGAUUCCGACCGGUCGCCGCAGAGCCUCGGCGGCUUCGUCCGACCUGGCAACGCCGGCGCCGUCGCGAUCCGCUUGCGCAACCUCCCGAAUACCACGACUCCCGAUCUCUUGCGCACCAUGCUACUCUUUUCUAAAGAGCUCAUCGACGUUGAUUUCGAGCUCCCCGGUCCCUCGAGUGACAAUAGAUACCUCAGUGCGAUCGCGCGCUUCCGUUCGCUCACGGGCGCAGAGGAGGCACGGAAGCUUCUAGAUGGCAAGCCGAACACCAAUAAUGACGCAGAGAUGAUCGUGGAGAUGUGCCACGGCCCUCCGCCAUCGUCUUUGGCUCCCAGGCGCAGCACCAUCGAUCAUACCGGGACCCCAUCUUUGCUUGGAAACGUCGCGUCAAACGGCCAUCCGGCGCGGUCGCGUUUCAAUGGUACCUUCCAGAGCAUGGAGAAACUCACCGCGACUAACCCCUCGUCGACCAAUGACCCCUUACCCCCUUCCUCCGAUGCAGGUUCCCGGAUGCAUAAUCUGUUUUCGCCUCAAUCACCGAUCGGAAAUGGUGUCCAUGACCUUCCGCGCAUCAGCGGCAAGUCGAUGAUUGACCAGGACCUUGAUGAAGACACGGGCGAAAUCCUGAAGGACCCGGUAGGAUAUGCAGAGAAUGGCCACUCGAGCUCGGGCCCGGGCGCACUCCCUCGCCGGUCAACCAACCCUCAGUUUCCGACCGCUCAGUUUAGCAACUUGUCCAUUGCGACAAACAACAUGUCCUCGCCGCCGUUGUCUAAUUACACUCCCGGCGGAGCCGUUCAUGUGGGAAUCACCACCCCUGCCGGCGCCUUCUCUCAGCAGUCCAUGGCCAACAACUUGGGAAGUGCCCAUGCGCACCCUUAUCCGCACGGGCACCAGGCUCGUCAUAGCCUCCCCGCCGCCAACCCGAACGAUAUGAACCCGCCCUGCAAUACCCUGUACGUUGGCAAUCUGCCCCCGGACGCGUCGGAAGAAGAGCUGAAGGCCCUUUUCUCCAAACAACGGGGUUACAAGCGUCUCUGUUUCCGCAACAAACAAAAUGGCCCCAUGUGCUUCGUCGAGUUUGAUGACGUGGGUACAGCAGGCAAGGCGCUCAACGAGUUGUACGGAUAUAAACUGUCCAACAGCAUCAAAACCGGGAUCCGCCUAAGUUUUUCGAAAAAUCCUCUGGGCGUUCGAUCGGGCCAGCCAGGCUCUAACAAUGCAUCGAAUGGCAUGGCAUCGCAAGUUCCAGUGUCUGGGGGCAGCAGUCUCGCCGGCAUGCACAACCACAUGUUUUCUACGGUGAGCGGACCGCCUCCUGGACUCGGCCCACCAAAUUUCAUUCAACCAAUGCCAGUGCGCAAUGGAGUCAUGCAUCCAAUGGCUAACAAUGCCUCAUUCCACGCAAACACAGGCCUGGGCAUUCGGACGCAUGCCGUGAAUCCCAUGUCUCCCCCUCCCCCUCCGUCCAAUGGUGCCGGAUCCGGCGGUGCAUCAGGUUAUUAUCCCGACUACAUGAUGGGUCGGUAA